AUGUAUGUUUGCUUGGAGGCUUGCAAAGUGGGGUUUAAAAGGGGUUUUAGGCCAUUGCUAGGUGUUAAUGGCUGUCACCUUAAGGGUGCUUUUCCAGGCCAGAUCAUGAUUGCAGUCAGUAAAGAUGGGAAUAAUAAUAUAUUCCCAGUUGCAUGGGCUAUUGUGGAGGUUGAAAACAAGGACAACUGGACUUGGUUUUUAGAUUUGUUGUUGAAGGACACAGGCUUUGAACAAGGCCAUGGACUAACACUAAUGUUAGACAGGCAAAAGGGCCUGAUUGAAGCUAUUGCAGUGGUGGAUUCAAAAGCAGAAGUCAGGUUUUGUGCCAGACACAUUUGGGCUAAUUUCAAGCUCAGAUUCCAUGGUGAUACUUUUAAGGAGCUGUUUUGGAAGGCAGCAAGGUCUACAAAUAAGGCUGAUUUUGAUGCUCAACUAGAAAGCAUAAGGCUCUUAGAUGAGGAGGCAUUCAACUACCUAGAUGCUAUCCCACCACAACAUUGGGCAAGGCAUGCUUUCAGCACUUUCUCUAAGUUAAACAUGCUGCUGAAUAACCUCUGUGAGACCUUUAAUGCUGUGAUCAGAGAUGCUAGAGAUAAGCCUGUCAUAACAUGCCUUGAAUGGAUUAGAAGGUAUGUUAUGAGAAGGAACACAGAAAAGUGGGAGGCAGUUCAAGCUCAGGAGGGGAGGUUUAUGCCUUAUGUGCAUAAGGUGUUCAAAUGGAUUGCAUCAUAUGCAGCAAAGUGUACUGUUGUGCCAUCUAGGUUUGAUGUGUGGGAGGUGGAUUAUGACUGUGACAGGUUUGUAGUGAACCUAAAUGAUAAUACAUGCACAUGCUUUCACUGGGAGUUGACUGGUAUUCCAUGUCCUUAUGCCUGGGCAUGUAUUGUGAAAAAAAGACUCAAGCCUGAAGAUUAUGUCCAUGAAUGUUACACAAAGCAAACAUACUUGGAAGCUUAUACCCCAACAAUCAAACCCAUGCCAGGAAUGAAGCAAUGGGAGACAUCCAACAUGGUUCAACCAUUGCCACCUCUAAUCAAGAAGAUGCCAGGGAGACCCUCCUUGAAAAAGAGAAGGAAGUAG